UUGGUGUUUCAAGUAGCUUCUAUUUUUUCAGAAUGCCGAGGAUGAACCUGCAGUAAGCGUCGUGCAUUCCUAGGCAUUGGUAUUUGCGUCAUGGCCGCUUCACCAGGUAUCCCGCUGGAUACCGCUGUCAUCAUGUCGUCAGUGCUAGAAGGCAUUUUAUAUGGCUUUUCAGUCCUCAUGUUUUUGGGUACCAUCUGGAUAAUCACCUACAAAUGUCGUACACGCAACAUCAAUCGGCCAGCUGUUGUAGUUGCCACUCUACUGUUCUUACUGAGUACCGUGCACAUGGUCGUAGGCAUCAUUCGUGUUGAAGAUGGACUAGUGAAGUAUCGUGACACGUUCCCAGGCGGCCCAGCGGCUUUUUUUGCAGACAUUUCUGAAGAAACGCUUGCAGUCAAGGAUGCGAUACUCGUCUUACAAACCCUGCUUGGCGACGGUGUGGUGAUCUAUCGAUGUUACAUUGUAUGGCAAUCUGUAUGGAUUAUUAUUAUACCUUGCAUGACGUGGUGUGGUAUCGCAGCGUUCGGUGUUGUUACGCUCUAUGACUUUUCGCAAGCGUCGAGUAACAAUGUCUUCACCAACAAGAUUGGACAUUCGGUCGCGACGUUCAUGGCCUUGACACUUGCAACAAAUUUACUUAGUUCAGGGCUGUUAGCUUAUCGUAUCUGGAAGAGCGAACGCAAGGUCUCCGGAAUCCGCGCUACCGAUAGGAAGAUGCCUUUAUUGCGCGUGUUCCUAGACGCUGCUAUUUUGUACUCUGCAGCGCUCUGCUCCUCGAUAAUAUGUUUCGUCCUCUCGAACAACGGACUGUAUGUUAUGGCAGACUUGAACGUCCCGAUCAUCUCGAUUGCCUUCUACAUGGUGUUCAUUCGCAUGACGAUUAAUCAACACAAUCGAGAUUACAUCUCAACUGUUCUUGGAGGGGGAAGUGGAUUAGAACACAGAAACUCGCAGCAAUAUCCUAUGCAGUCUUUGCACGACAUAUACAGACAAAAUGAUACUACAUCCUUCUUGGCUGAUAACUCAAAAGCGCAUACAUUAGCAUAAUAAUCUUUCUAGUUUAAUAUAUAUCUGGAUAUAUAGGCUACCGUCUGUCUUAUUCAACCAGCUUCGGCGGCCACUAAAUACCUUACGAGAUUAUAGGGUUCUGAGCUUAUCUGGCACAAGGAGAAUGUGUUCGGCUCCGAACCUCGAUGUUGAAGGUAUUUGGAGAGCCUAACCCUGGGUUUAACCAUGCAGUACAUCAGAAUGCACAGAGGUAGUAAUCGAUGUUAUAAUCCGUGGCCUCAAAAGUCUAUAAGAGACAGGCGGACGAUAUACAUGCAUGACAACCUAUUAAGCUGACGAGAAAGAACUUAUCUCAACUGUGAUGGCAAUCGGUGGAGGCUGUGG